AUUAGCGCUAUAUCUUCUAGUUAUGUCUCCUUCUCAAACAAUUUGCAGGCCGAGCCCCGUCGUCGUCGCCCCGGCAACGCCCACAUGGCAGCGCGCCAACACGUCAUCCGGAGGUGAACACGGGCGCGCAAUGAGUGUGAUGGCAUCGGAAGCGGCUCAAGCCGCUGCGCUUCGCUAUGAUCCCCGAGCUGAUCCCCCGGCUCAAUCAUCCGAUAAUCGUAAAAGCUCAUCAUCUACUUUACAAACUACAACUACUACUGCCUCAGCGCCUACUAGGUCUCAAUCACAAGGACGUCCGCCGUGGCGAACAGAACGUCGUUAUACCGAGAUUGAUGAUCAUACGUGGAAGUACACUUUGAACAACGAAAUAUGCGGACAAUCCGUUGUCGGCUUUGGCAAUGUACCCAUUCCAUCGAAAGAUAAUAUUGCUAAACUAAUCGAUAGGAAACUAAGUAUUCGUGCAAUAACAUGGAAUAUCAAUGAAAAACCUGUCAAGACGCUGGAUCUACUUUCUGAUCACCUCGAACAUAUUCCAGAAAACAUUCUUGAGGAUAUAAUCAUAAUUGCUCUACAAGAACUUCCCCCUUCAACGAAAACAUUCCAUGAGGAUGCAUUGGCUAUAAUCGUUAAGCCACUGCGGCAAACGCACAACACUUUGAUCUCGUAUCGAGCAUGGAGUCAAAUGAUUUUCGUCUUUAUCAAGAAAGCACAUACUCGUUUCGCGACAGAACCUAUGGCCAAAUUUGUUCCUGCUAGUACCAUUGUCAAGCCAGUUCGAACGAAAGGAGCGAUCGGCGUUUGCUUACGCAUUUAUCAGCGAUGGACUGUCAUCAUUGCUAGUCAUCUAUCACAUGCCACACCACUGCAACGGAUACAAGAUUACCAUAAAAUAAUGCGCAGUUUGAAAUUUUCAACUUUAUGUAGUUUCAAAGGAAGUGACGACAUAUUCCAUGCAGAUUGCGUGUUGUGGUUAGGAGAUCUCAAUUUCCGAAUAACUGAAGCCAACACCAUCAACUGGAAAGCUCAACUUCAAAAGCCAAAUCCCAAGGACAUUGAAAACACAAUGGAAAGCGAUGAGCUAUGUAUCAUAAGGAAAAAGGAAAUGGCAUUUGCCGAAUUUUCGGAAGCACCGAUCGCAUUUGCUCCAACUCACAAAUUUGAACUGAACAGUAAUGACUACGUACAAAACCGGAUCCCAUCCUAUACGGACAGAGUUCUUUACUGGAGUAAAAGCCCGAACUGGUUAGAGACUAUCGCUUACAACUGUAUACAAAAAGCUUCACAAUCGGAUCAUCGCCCUGUUUAUGCUACAAUGAGAUUGGAAGUGGUAAAUAAGAGUACACCAAAAAGGUUCAACAGCGAUCGAGUCAGCGACGAUACAGUUUCACAGUCAGCAGUGGACAAUAUUCGUCACACAGAAGCUCGAAACCAUCUCAUAAAAGAAUUCUCAAGCCAGACUUGAUUGCAGGGACUUUCAGAAUCAAUGAACUGAUCACAAAUGGGUAUCAUUGUGUACAUUGUCUAUGAAAUAAAGAUGUCAUGGCAAAC